AUGUUAGCUGGUAAUAUUGUUUCGUUAAUUGCCAUUGCUGCUUCUGCAGUUGAAGCUUUUAGUAACGGUGCUCCAUCUUUCCAAAGAGGUCAAUUCACUCAAGAAGUUUACGAUGCUUACAAUCUUUUAAAACAUUUUGGUGGUAACGGUCCUUACAUUGAUGGUGUUGGUUAUGGUAUUGAUACCUCUGUUCCAGAUCAAUGUGAAGUUUCUCAAGUUAUUAUGAUCCAUCGUCAUGGUGAAAGAUGGCCUGAUCCAAGUGUUGCCACUGGUAUGGUUUCCGCUUAUAAAAAAAUUCUUAACACUAACCAAACUUUUACUGGUUCUCUUGCUUUCCUUAACACUUGGGAAUCAUUUUUAGAUACCGAAAGUUUAUGGGCUGAAGAAACUUAUUCAGGUCCAUAUUCUGGUUUAUUAAAUGGUUUCAGAAGAGGUGUUGAAUACCGUGCUAAAUAUGGUCACUUAUGGAAUGGUGAAAAUGUUCCAAUGUUCUCAUCUGGUUACGAACGUAUUAUUGAAACCGCCAGAAGAUUUGGUCUUGGUUUCUUUGGUUACAAUUAUACUGAUAGUGUUUACCUUAACAUUAUUCCAGAAACUGCUGAUCAAGGUGCUAACUCUCUUACCCCAGUUUGUUACACUAACCAAACUACCACCACUUAUGGAUUAAGUAACUUCACUCAAUUCACUGCUGCUGCCAGUAGAUUAAACUCUGAAGUUAAAGGAUUAAACUUAUCUGCUUCUGAUGUUUACAAUCUUAUGUUACUCGCUCCAUUCGAAUUAAACGGUAAGCCAUUCUCCCCAUGGGUUGAUGUUUUCACUCUUGAUGAAUGGAAUGCUUUUGGUUACUAUAACGAUUUAGGUUACUACUACAAUGGAGGUGGUCCAGGUAUUAACACCUCUGUUGCUGUCGGUGCCGUUUAUGCUAAUGCUUCCCUUACCUUAUUAAACCAAGGUCCAUCUGCCGGUAAGAUUUUCUUCAACUUCUGUCAUGAUACCAAUAUUACCCCAAUCUUAGCUGCAUUAGGUUUAUUCACUCCAGAAAAUGAUUUACCAGUUGACCGAAUUGCUCAUGACUCCGUUUAUAAAUCAACUAAUUUCGUCCCAAUGGGUGGUCAUUUAGUUCUUGAAAGAUUAGUCUGUAACAAGACUUCUGUUCAUGCUGCUGGAACUUAUGUUAGAUCUCUUGUUAAUGAAGUUGUUAUUCCAAGAGUUGACUGUCAAGACGGUCCAGGUUUCUCUUGUCCAUUAGCUAACUAUACCCAAAUCAUUAACGAACUUCCAGAUUUCAAGACUGCUUGUGAAGUUCCAGCUGAAUAUCCACAAUAUUUAACUUUCUGGUGGGAUUACAAUACUACUAACGCUCUUAACACCCAACAAGGUCCAAUUCCAUACCAAUUAGGUGCUACUACUUGGGAUGAUCAACCUCUUGGUUCUUAA